UCACCCCUGGACAGACAGGCGAGCUGUCCCUCUUCCUCUCUCUUGUAUCUGAGCAGCAGAGAAGCGACCAUGCCUGGACUUCUGCUUGGAGACGAGUUCCCCAACUUCGAGGCCGACACCACCAUCGGCAAGAUCAAGUUCCACGACUUCCUGGGCAGCUCGUGGGGUGUCCUGUUCUCCCACCCAAGAGACUUCACUCCUGUCUGCACCACUGAGUUGGCCUGCGCCGCUAAGAUCAGUGAUGAGUUCAAGAAACGAGGUGUGAAGAUGAUUGCUCUGUCCAUUGACAGUGUUGAGGAUCACCGCAACUGGAGCAAGGAUGUGAUGGCAUUUAACAAUGAGGCUGACAGCACCCUGCCCUUCCCCAUCAUCGCUGAUGACAAGAGAGAGCUGGCCGUCCAGCUGGGCAUGCUGGACCCUGAUGAGAGAGACAAGGAUGGAUUGCCCCUCACUGCUCGCUGUGUCUUUGUGAUCGGCCCCGACAAGAAGCUGAAGCUGUCCAUCCUCUACCCCGCCACCACAGGGAGGAACUUUGACGAACUGCUCAGAGUUAUCGACUCUCUGCAGCUCACCGCACAGAAGAAGGUUGCCACACCGGUCGACUGGAAGCCUGGUGACAAAGUCAUGGUCAUUCCCACACUCUCUGAGGCGGAAGCUGCUGCUCUCUUCCCCAACGGUGUGACAACCAAAGAGGUACCGUCUGGGAAGAAAUACUUGCGCUACACCCAGCUCUGAAGACGCACUAAGGACUUCAUCCUGUUCUACUUUACUGCGCUUUGACCCAGAAGUCCUUUGAUAAUUCACGUUAGAGAACUGACCAAAAUCAUAUAUUGCACUUUCCAGGUUUGGGGACGAGUGUUUUCAGUCAUGCCGCGUGCACAGCAACAAACCAGGGAUAAUUAUAGUGUCAAUGUACAGUGCCUUUAUCCUCCCUCAAUAAACACCCUCUUAACACA